CCUCCAUCAUACAGUACAUUGCGCACACAACUACACACGUAUACGUACACAUACAUACACACUACUACACUACACACACUAGCUAAGCAAGCUAGGACAAUUACCUUCGGUUGCAAGCCAAAAGCAAGCAUCCAUCCAUCCAGAGCCAGCAGCCUCAUCUCCAUUUCUCCUCCUCUCCUCCCCUUCCUCCGGCCUCUCUCUCACCAAGAACCUUCAUAGUACCCACCCCCCACCCUUCACAUCCACCCUUCUUCAUCCUCCCCAUCCUCUUCUUGCUCGAUCUCAUGCCUGGAUCCUGCAAGAAACCCAAGCUCUAGCAGGCAGAUCGAGCUGUUCCCCCCUUCGUAGCUACUUCCACAGGUUCCUGCUUUGCCAAUCGGCCAAGAAUUCUAAAUUCCAAUCUCCCAAGCUAGCCAAAUAUUAUAAGCCCACCCAAAUCCUAUACUUAUAAACAACAGUAACAGCACAGCACUGGGAGUGGGAGAAGGGGAGCACCAGCUAGCUAGCUGCCGGUCAAAGGUCAAGGAGAAGGAGCAAGCAGGCAAGGGGAGGGAAGGGAGGAAGGAGGCAUCUACUUAACCUACCACUCUUCAAUCGGUGCACAUGGAGUUCACCGCAAUCCGGGCCUCCACGGCGGCCGCUGGUGGCUGCUCUUCGCCGCCGCCUGCGGCGGAUCAUAAGGCCGAGGAGGAGGCGGCGGGGCCGGUGGAGAAGGAGCACAUGUUCGACAAGGUCGUGACCCCGAGCGACGUGGGCAAGCUGAACCGGCUGGUGAUCCCGAAGCAGCACGCGGAGAAGUACUUCCCGCUCGACGCCUCCUCCACCGACAAGGGCCUCCUGCUCAGCUUCGAGGACCGCGCCGGCAAGCCGUGGCGCUUCCGCUACUCCUACUGGAACAGCAGCCAGAGCUACGUCAUGACCAAGGGCUGGAGCCGCUUCGUCAAGGAGAAGCGCCUCGACGCCGGGGACACCGUCUCCUUCGGCCGCGGCGUCGGGGAGGCCGCCAGGGGGAGGCUCUUCAUCGACUGGCGCCGCCGCCCCGACGUCGUCCUGCCGCCUGGGCACCACCGAGGCUUUGCCCUCCCCUCUGUGCCCUUCUCGCCGUGGAUGGCUCACCCGGCCGGACCCGGCGGCGCUGGCGGCAGGAUGUUCCUCCAGGCGACUACGCCGGCGACCGUCUACGAUUACGACGCCUACCAGCACAACCACCAGCGGCGACACAUCGGAUACGACGGGUACGGGGCGGCGCCCGGCAGGCAGGUCGUGUACUACCAGCCGCAGCAGCACUACCACCACCAGCACCAGUCGCUGGUCCUGGAGUCGGUGCCGGUGCGCAUGGCGGCAGCGCCAGGGCACCCGGAGCCGUCCGCGGUGGCGACGUCGGGGUCGAAGCGGGUGCGGCUCUUCGGGGUGAACCUCGAGUGCGCGGCGGACGCCGAGGAGGACUUCAGCGGGCACGGGAGAACGGCGACAACGGCGCUGCAGCUGCUGUCACCUGCCUCCUCCUCAUCGUCGUCGUCCGGGAAAGCGAGGUGCUCUUUGAAUCUUGACUUGUGAAGCGCUAAGAGUGGGCGGUCGUACGAUCCACUACUACUACCACUACUGCUACUCAGAUUCUGACACAAACGGGGUCGCCGCCGGCCGUUCGCAAAGGAGAAAUUAACCUGUCGGCCGGAGAAGUAAACAAAUGCGGCGGCGGCGGCGGGCGGUGCAUGCGUGGAGCAUCUAGCCUCUUCGUAAUCUCUUCCUUUGGUAUAUAGCUCAUGAUCUCUCCUUAAUUAUUAUUAGCCAGUGCAGUGCGGUGUGAGAAGAAACACGAAAAGAACAAUUUAAGCAGCAGCAACAACAACAAAUCUUCUAUCUUGAUUGAUGCAUGGUUUCUUGCUA